AUGGGAGACGGAGCCCCGCGGGACCCGGUGCCCCCGUCCCCCACCCUCUGCCCCCCACCCGAGCUCUCGCCCCGGAGGGAGAAGGCACAGUAUCUGCGAGAGGCGUGUCGGGACUCCGUCAGAAAUGUGGGCCGCCUGGGGCCCUCGGCACACAGCAGUCGGAAACCGUUCCUGGCGGCUCCCGCUGCCACUCCUCACCUGUCCCUGCCACCCCGCCCCCCCUCACCUCCUCCACCGCCCUGUCCCCGCCUCCUGCGCCCCCCACCGCCCCCUGCCUGGCUGAAGGGCCCGGCCUGCCGGGCAGCCCGCGAGGACGGGGAGAUCUUAGAGGAGCUCUUCUUGGGGGCUGAGGGACGCCCCCGCCCUCCCCCGCCACCCCUCCCCCACCGCGAGGGCUUCUUGGGGCCUCCGGCUCCCCGCUUUUCUGUGGGCACUCAGGAUUCGCACACCCCUCCCGCCCCCCCAGCCACCAGCAGCAGCAACCAUGGCAGCCACAGCAGCAGCCCCACGGGGCCUGUGUCUUUCCCCCCGCCUCCCUAUCUGGCCAGAAGUUUGGAUCCCCUUCCCCGGCCCCCCAGCCCCACUCUGAGCCCCCAGGACCCACCUCUUGCCCCCUUGACUCUUGCCCUGCCUCCAGCUCCUCCCUCCUCCUGCCACCAAAAUACCUCAGGAAGCUUCAGGCGCCCGGAGAGCCCUCGGCCCAGGGUCUCCUUCCCAAAGACCCCCGAGGUGGGGCCGGGGCCAACCCCAGGCCCCCUGAAUAAAGCCCCCCAGCCUGCGCCGCCCAGGGCGGGGGAGCUGCCCGCCCGAGGCCCGCGGCUCUUCGAUUUUCCCCCUACCCCGCUGGAGGACCAGUUUGAGGAGCCAGCUGAAUUCAAGAUCCUCCCCGACGGGCUGGCCAACAUCAUGAAGAUGCUGGACGAAUCCAUUCGCAAGGAGGAGGAGCAGCAGCAACAGGGGGCAGGCGUGGGCCCCCCGCCCCCCCUGAAGGAGCCCUUCCCAUCUCUGCAGCCUCCGUUCCCCGGUGACACAGCCCCGGCCGCCGCCACGGCCACGGCCAUGGCCACGGCCGCCACCGCCGCCCAGGGAGAGGAGAAGAAGCCACCACCAGCCCUUCCGCCCCCGCCGCCUCUGGCCAAGUUCCCGCCGCCGCCCCCGCCGCCGCUCCCCCCGGCAGCCAGUCCGGCCAGCCUGCUCAAAUCCUUGGCCUCCGUGCUGGAGGGACAGAAGUACUGUUACCGGGGCACUGGAACAGCUGUUGCCACCCGGCCCGGGCCCUUGGCCGCCACUCAGUAUUCCCCCGGUCCCCCGUCAGGUGCUACCGCCCCAGCGGCCCCCAGCGCCCAGGGCUCCCCGCAGCCCUCCGCUUCCUCGUCAUCUCAGUUCUCUACCUCAGGCGGGCCCUGGGCCCGGGAGCGCAGGGCGGGCGAAGAGCCAGCCCCGGGCCCCAUGACCCCCGCCCCGCCGCCCCCACCCCUGCCUCUGCCCCCCGCUCGGUCUGAGUCUGAGGUGCUAGAAGAGAUCAGUCGGGCUUGUGAGACCCUCGUGGAGCGGGUGGGCCGGAGCGCCACAGACCCGGCGGGCCCAGUGGACACGGCAGGCCCGGUGGACACGGCAGGCUUGGUGGACAGUGGGACCGAGCGCCUGCUGCCUCCCGCCCAGGCCCGGGAGGAGAGCGGCGGGGCGGGGGCGGCAGCAGGACCAGGCAGCGGCAAGCGGCGGCAGAAGGAGCACCAGAAGGAGCACCAGAAGGAGCACCGACGGCACAGGAGGGCCUGUAAGGACAGCGUGGGUCGGCGGCCCCGAGAGGGCAGGGCAAAGACCAAGGCCAAGGCCCCCAAAGAAAAGAGCCGCCGGGUGCUGGGCAACCUGGACCUGCAGAGCGAGGAGAUCCAGGGGCGCGAGAAGGCCCGGCCCGAUCUCGGCGGGGCCUCCAAGGCCAAGCCGCCUGCCGCUCCGGCCCCCCCACCAGCUCCUGCGCCCUCUGCCCAGCCCACGCCCCCCUCAGCUCCCGGGCCUGGGAAGAAGGUCCGGGAGGAAGCACCAGGGCCACCAGGUGUCAGCCGGGCUGACAUGCUGAAGCUGCGCUCACUUAGUGAAGGGCCCCCCAAGGAGCUGAAGAUCCGGCUCAUCAAGGUAGAGAGUGGUGACAAGGAGACCUUUAUCGCCUCUGAGGUGGAAGAGCGGAGGCUGCGCAUGGCGGACCUCACCAUCAGCCACUGCGCCGCCGACGUCGUGCGUGCCAGCAAGAACGCCAAGGUGAAAGGGAAGUUUCGGGAGUCCUACCUUUCCCCAGCCCAGUCUGUGAAACCGAAGAUCAACACUGAGGAGAAGCUGCCCCGGGAGAAACUCAACCCGCCCACCCCCAGCAUCUAUCUGGAGAGCAAACGGGACGCCUUCUCGCCAGUGCUGCUGCAGUUCUGUACAGACCCUCGAAAUCCCAUCACCGUGAUCCGGGGCCUGGCGGGUUCCCUGCGGCUCAACUUGGGCCUCUUCUCCACCAAGACGCUGGUGGAGGCGAGCGGCGAGCACGCGGUGGAGGUGCGCACGCAGGUGCAGCAGCCCUCCGACGAGAACUGGGAUCUGACGGGCACGCGGCAGAUCUGGCCCUGCGAGAGCUCCCGUUCCCACACCACCAUUGCCAAGUACGCGCAGUACCAGGCCUCGUCCUUCCAGGAGUCCCUGCAGGAGGAGAAGGAGAGCGAGGACGAGGAGUCCGAGGAGCCCGACAGCACCACAGGAACCCCUCCCAGCAGCGCCCCGGACCCGAAGAACCAUCACAUCAUCAAGUUUGGCACCAACAUCGACCUGUCUGACGCCAAGAGGUGGAAGCCCCAGCUGCAGGAGCUGCUGAAGCUGCCCGCCUUCAUGCGGGUCACAUCCACGGGCAACAUGCUGAGCCACGUGGGCCACACCAUCCUGGGCAUGAACACGGUGCAGCUGUACAUGAAGGUCCCCGGCAGCCGAACGCCAGGCCACCAGGAGAACAACAACUUCUGCUCCGUCAACAUCAACAUUGGCCCUGGCGACUGCGAGUGGUUCGCGGUGCACGAGCACUACUGGGAGACCAUCAGCGCCUUCUGCGACCGGCACGGCGUGGACUACCUGACUGGUUCCUGGUGGCCAAUCCUGGACGACCUCUAUGCUUCCAAUAUCCCUGUGUACCGCUUCGUGCAGCGCCCCGGAGACCUCGUGUGGAUUAACGCGGGCACCGUGCACUGGGUGCAGGCCACCGGCUGGUGCAACAACAUCGCCUGGAACGUGGGGCCCCUCACCGCCUAUCAGUACCAGCUGGCCCUGGAACGAUACGAGUGGAACGAGGUGAAGAACGUCAAAUCCAUCGUGCCCAUGAUUCACGUGUCCUGGAACGUGGCUCGCACGGUCAAAAUCAGCGACCCGGACUUGUUCAAGAUGAUCAAGUUCUGCCUCCUGCAGUCCAUGAAGCACUGCCAGGUGCAGCGCGAGAGCCUGGUGCGCGCGGGCAAGAAGAUCGCCUACCAGGGCCGGGUCAAGGACGAGCCCGCCUACUACUGCAACGAGUGCGACGUGGAGGUGUUCAACAUCCUGUUCGUGACGAGCGAGAACGGCAGCCGCAACACGUACCUGGUGCACUGCGAGGCGUGCGCGCGGCGGCGGAGCGCGGGCCUGCAGGGCGUCGUGGUGCUGGAGCAAUACCGCACCGAGGAGCUGGCGCAGGCCUACGACGCCUUCACGCUGGCCCCCGCCGGCACGUCGCGAUGAGGCCGGACGCCCCGCCCGCCCGCCCUCAGGGCGCCGCGGGGCCACCAGCACACGCCUGGGCUGGACCUAGGUCCCGCCUCUGGCCGGGAAGGGGGUCGGGCCCAGCCCUUCCACCCCAUUGGCAGCUCCCCUUCACUUAAUUUAUUAAGAAAAAAAAAAUUUUUUUUAACAAAUAAGAGGAAAAAAGGAAAAAAAAUGGGAGACGGGGGAGGGGGCUGGCAGCCCCUCGCCCACUAGCGCCUCCCCUCACCGACUUUGGCCUUCUAGCAACAGACACAACGACCAGGCUCCGGCGGCGGCGGGGGUCACAUACGGGUUCCCUCACGCCUGCCAGCCGCCCGCCCGCCCGGCGCAGAUGCACGCGGCUCGUGUAUGUACAUAGACGUUACGGCAGCCGAGGUUUUCAUGAGAUUCUUCUAUGGGCUUUACCCGCCCCCCGAACCUCCUUUUUUACUUCCAGCGCUAGCUGUGACCCCUGUACAUGUCUCUUGUUUCUUCACUUGGUUAUGAUUUGUAUUUUCUGGGUUUUUUUUUUGUUUUGUUGUUUUUUGGUUUUUAAUUUAUAACAGUCCCACUCACCUCUAUUUAUUCAUUUUUGGGAAAACCCGACCUCCCGCAUCCCCCCUCCCCGAAGCCAUCCCGCCCGCCCCUCCGGGGACCGCCCCGCCGCCGGGCUCUCCCUGCGCCCCAGUGUGUGUCCGGGGCCGGCCCCGUCCGUCUCCGCCCGUCCGCCCGCGGCUCCAGCCGGGUUCUCAUGGUGCUCAAACCCGCUCCCCUCCCCGACGUCCUGCACUUUCUCGGACCAGGCCCCCACUCCCGACCCGACCCCAACCCCGCCUGAGGGUGAGCGACUCCUGUACUGUAGGGGAAGAAGUGGGAACUGAAAUGGUAUUUUGUAAAAAAAUAAAAUAAUAAUAAUAAUAAAUAAAUAAAAAAAAUUUAAAGUUUUAAAGAAAGAACUAUGAGGAAAAGGAACCCCGUCCUUCCCAGCCCCGGCCAAUUUUAAAAACACGGACCUUCCCCUCACCCCCCCCUCCCCACCCCACCGCCUCCCCUUUUCUUUUCAAGCGUGAACCAGCCCAGGGCCAGGGCCUCACUGGGGCAGGGACACCCAGGGAUGAGUUUCUCUGGGGCUUUAUUUUUGUUUCGUCGGUGGAUUUUCUCUCCCACGCUGGGGCUGCGGAGGGCUGGGGGGUUUACAGCCCCGCCCCCUCGCACUGCACUGUCUCUCUGCCCCAGGGGCAGAGGGGUCUUCCCAACCCUACCCCUAUUUUCGGUGAUUUUUGUGUGAGAAUAUUAAUAUGAAAAAUAAAAUCAGAGAAAAACA